GCGGAGGAAGAAAGAUUCUUUGAGCGUUCUGCCAUGCUGCGAAAGAUCUCCACUGGUUCAGAUGAAGCUCCUAUAUCAAAAGACGACCACUAUCACCAUAAUACCCGCGUUUACACCGGAGAGCAACUGCCAAAAACUCGCUCUACCUCACAAAUAACACCGCCACAUUUUUUCAAAGCAUUCUCAUGCAAAGACAAGGUUGACCGACACCCACCAUGGACGUGCGCUGGAACAAUUGCUGAUUUAUUAGUUGUGGGUCUUACGGAAAUACCAAAGCCUAUAAUGUCGCCCCAGAUGGCAGCAUCAUGGGGAUACUUCGACGUGGAACACAGUCAGUGGGACAUUACUGCGUAA